GAUUAGAGUUGUUGAACACAGCUCUGUGGAGCGGCGCAUACGAGAGAAGAGCAAAAUGAGGGCCGUAGAGUUGGCGUGGAGAGCAUUGUCUCUCUUUGGCAUAGCGGAGAACACGAGUUCCUGUGAAAUGUCCUCGCUCCUGAACAAGAACGGAGGUGUUUCAUUUGGAAGAGGUUAUGGAGAGGGCUGGAGAUCAGUGUGUGUUGUUUGGGGGAGGAGCUCUAUGCUUAGGGGAUGAGGGAGGAAUGGGGAGGCGGAGUUGCAGUGUAAUUUUUUUCUGUGUCUCUAGAGAUUGUUGCAAGUGAGAUGGUCGUUAAUUAGGACAGAGGUCUUGGGGGAAGAUAUGUCUGAGGCGCUGAGAUGUAAAAUUCUCAUUGGGAUGGCCUGACGGGACGGCUGUGCUUCAACAGAACUACAGGUCUGCGCAACGACUUUGAUCUUGACAUUGUGAGUCUUAAGGAGGAUGGCCUUCAAAAGGUGGGGAAGUGGAGUACAUCUGGGGGGCUGAACAUCACAGAGGUCUCCAGGCAGAACGGCAUGAACAUCACUGACUCGCUUUCCAACCGCUCACUGGUCAUCACCACCAUCCUGGAGGAGCCAUAUGUCAUGCUUAAGAAGUCUGACAAGGCACUCGUCGGCAAUGACCGCUUUGAGGGCUUCUGUGUUGACCUGCUUAAAGAGUUGGCCAGCAUUCUGGGUUUUUCCUACGAGAUCCACCUGGUGCCGGAUGGAAAGUAUGGGUUUCAAGAUGAUAAAGGCCAGUGGAAUGGGAUGAUAAAGGAACUCAUGGAACACAGAGCUGACCUUGCUGUGGCUCCUCUCACAAUCACCUUUAUGCGAGAGAAAGCUAUUGACUUCUCCAAACCUUUCUUGAACACUGGCAUCAGUAUCCUGUACCGCAGACCCAACAGCACCAACUCUGGCUUCUUCUCCUUCCUGAACCCCAUGACCCCUGAUAUCUGGGUAUACAUCCUGUUGGCCUACCUGGGAGUCAGCUGUGUACUCUUCGUCAUCGCCAGGUUCAGCCCGUACGAGUGGUAUGACGCCCAUCCGUGUAACCCAGGCUCCGAUGUGGUGGAAAACAACUUCACCCUUCUCAACAGCUUCUGGUUUGGCGUGGGCUCCCUCAUGCAGCAAGGUGCUUAUCCAUUUCAUUGCGAUGAUGGAAAGAACCCGCCCAUGCGCUCGUCUAAAUCAAGAGUGUCUACAUUUGAGAAGAUGUGGGCUUUCAUGAGUAGCAGGCAGAGCACGUCGUUUGUCAAGUCCAUUGAAGAUGGGAUUCAGAGAGUGUUAAAGUCAGACUACGCCCUUCUAAUGGAGUCAACGACCAUUGAGUAUGUGACACGCAGAAACUGCAAUCUCACGCAAGUCGGCGGCAUCAUCGACAGCAAAGGUUACGGCAUCGGCACCCCAAAAGGCUCGCCAUACAGGGAUAAAAUCACAAUUGCCAUCCUCAGUAUCCUGGAAGAUGGCCGUCUUCACAUGCUCAAAGAGAAGUGGUGGAGCGGCAGCAACUGUCUGGAAGACGAGCGGUAUGAAACGGGUCCCAUGGGCAUCCAGAAUCUGGGCGGCAUAUUCAUUGUAUUGGCGUCUGGUCUGGUGCUGUCAGUGUUUGUGGCUAUAGGAGAGUUCAUCUACAAGAUGCGAAAAAAUGCAGAACGUGAACAGGUCUUUCUGCAGUGUGGUGGUAGAAGAGAUCAAACUGUCGUUCACAUGCGAGAGACGGGUGAAACACAAGCUCCACCGCCAGCCGCCAGCCAUGGUGAAGACGGACGCAGUGAUCAACAUGCACUCCUUCAACGACCGUCGCCUGCCAGCAAAGGACAACAUGAGCUGCAACCCCGCGAUGACGCCCGUGUUUCCAUGACUUGCCUGGGCGACGGCCACCUGAGGCACGUCCCCGGCGCCAUGCCGGAGAGCAGGGACUACGGUCCCGAGAUGAUUACAGCAUUCACCAUCAACCGCAGAGACAUCCGACACCAAAUGGCCAGUCAGAACGGUGGCAGUAGCAGCAAACCAGGUAGUGACCACAUCCUCAAACCAAUGUAUCCCACCAUGCCAUUGCGAGAGGGAGGCCGAUCGGUAUCCUUCCUGUGAGAGCGAGCCACGUCUGCGAAACUAUCCGCACCCGAGUCUGAUGUUUACAAACGGCAUUCAAAAGCGAAGCUCACGAUCUGACUCGAAGGAGCCCCCCGAUCAAACGAAAAUAUAUGUUUCUCAUUGGAACAACGUGAAAAUGUGGAAAAGAGGCUUUUUUUGAGCAUGGCAAUAAAUGAAACUACGGACAGACUCGAAUGGAAGUAGUUUUCUUAGAGUAACAUUUAUAGCACAUCAAGUUAAUUUCGAAGAGUUCUGACGAUUUAUCUUUUGAUUUCGUCAAAAUCCUGUGGCGUUUUGGUGGGGACGCAACAAAAAAAGCGCAGUGAAUGCGAUGUACAUUACCGGUUAGCGUCGGACCGUAGGAGCAGUUUAGUUUAACACACUGUACCGCAGCAGCCAGCGUGACCUGCUAGAAUAGUAGAAAACCCUUAGACUGCAAGUUCCCGAAGGCUACGGGGAGUGUAGGGGCAUCCUACGCUCACGGAAAUGCACAAACUAACAGGGUUGAUUUCAUUCGAGCCACCUAAACAAAUUG